UUCCCUCUGCCGCCAUUUUGAGAAAGGGCAGUUCUGGCGCUGAGCUGUCCUUCUGGUUGCGGGUGUGGCUUCGCUGUAGGAAGGGAGCAGAGAGAAGCACAGAGAAACAUUACGAUUCUAUGGCGACUUAUCUGGAGUUUAUCCAGCAAAAUGAAGAGCGUGACGGAGUGCGUUUCAGCUGGAAUGUAUGGCCAUCCAGCAGAUUGGAGGCCACAAGGAUGGUGGUCCCCCUGGCCUGCCUGCUCACUCCUUUGAAAGAGCGCUCAGAUCUUCCACCUGUCCAGUAUGAGCCAGUGCUAUGCAGUAGACCAACUUGCAAAACUGUACUCAAUCCACUUUGUCAAGUUGAUUACCGAGCCAAGCUUUGGGCCUGCAACUUCUGCUUUCAGCGAAACCAGUUUCCGCCAGCAUAUGCAGGCAUAUCUGAAGUCAAUCAGCCAGCUGAACUUAUGCCACAGUUUUCCACAAUUGAAUAUAUAGUCCAGCGUGGUCCUCAGACCCCCCUGAUUUUUCUUUAUGUGGUGGACACUUGUCUGGAAGAGGAAGACUUGCAAGCUUUGAAGGAGUCUCUGCAGAUGUCUCUGAGUUUGCUGCCCCCUGAUGCUCUUGUUGGCUUGAUCACCUUUGGCCGAAUGGUCCAAGUUCAUGAACUCAGCUGUGAAGGAAUCUCCAAAAGUUAUGUUUUCAGAGGUACCAAGGACCUAACAGCAAAACAAAUACAGGAUAUGUUGGGUCUUUCAAAGCCUACUGCACCUGUUCAGCAAGGAAGGCCUCAUCUGCCUCAGGAACAGCCUCUGAUUUCAAGCAGAUUUCUUCAGCCGGUUCACAAAAUUGACAUGAACCUAACAGAUCUCUUAGGGGAACUUCAAAGGGACCCAUGGCCAGUCACACAAGGAAAAAGACCAUUGCGAUCCACUGGAGUAGCUUUGUCCAUUGCUGUGGGGUUACUCGAGGGAACAUUUCCAAAUACUGGAGCCAGAAUAAUGUUGUUUACAGGAGGACCUCCAACUCAAGGGCCAGGCAUGGUGGUAGGAGAUGAGUUAAAAACACCAAUCCGUUCCUGGCAUGACAUAGAAAAGGAUAAUACACGAUUCAUGAAGAAAGCCAUGAAGCACUAUGAAACGCUAGCUAGUCGUACAGCUGCUAAUGGACAUUGCAUUGAUAUUUAUGCCUGUGCUCUUGAUCAGACUGGUCUUCUGGAGAUGAAGUGUUGUGCAAAUCUAACUGGGGGUCACAUGGUGAUGGGGGACUCCUUCAACACUUCUCUCUUCACACAGACCUUCCAGAGAGUGUUCAGCAAAGAUCUGAAUGGAGAAUUCCGAAUGGCUUUUGGUGCUACUUUGGAAGUGAAGACUUCUAGAGAGCUGAAGAUUGCUGGAGCUAUUGGACCAUGUGUAUCCCUAAAUGCCAAAGGCCCAUGCGUUUCUGAAAAUGAACUUGGGAUUGGUGGCACAUGCCAGUGGAAAAUUUGCAGUCUUGACCCCACCAUGACUCUUGCCAUUUAUUUUGAAGUAGUAAAUCAGCACAAUGCACCAAUACCUCAGGGUGGCAGAGGGGCUGUCCAGUUUGUUACCCAUUAUCAGCAUUCCAGUACACAGAGGCGUAUUCGUGUGACAACAGUGGCUAGAAACUGGGCAGAUGCACAAAGUCAGCUGCAGCAUAUAGAAGCUGCCUUUGAUCAAGAAGCAGCUGCUGUCCUGAUGGCCCGACUGGGUGUCUACAGAGCUGAAUCGGAGGAAGGCCCUGAUGUUUUGCGGUGGCUCGACAGGCAGCUAAUCAGACUUUGUCAGAAGUUUGGACAGUACAACAAGGAUGAUCCAAAUUCAUUUAGACUGUCUGACUCAUUCUCUCUGUAUCCUCAGUUCAUGUUCCAUUUGCGUCGAUCUCCAUUCCUUCAAGUAUUCAAUAACAGUCCAGAUGAAUCUUCAUAUUAUCGGCAUCACUUUGCCAGGCAGGACCUAACCCAGUCCCUCAUUAUGAUCCAGCCUAUCCUAUAUUCUUAUUCAUUCUAUGGACCACCGGAGCCUGUACUGUUGGAUAGCAGCAGCAUUCUUCCUGACAGGAUACUACUGAUGGAUACCUUUUUCCAAAUUGUUAUCUACCUUGGUGAGACUAUUGCUCAGUGGCGUAAAGCCGGCUAUCAAGAUAUGCCUGAAUAUGAAAACUUCAAGCACUUGCUGCAGGCUCCACUGGAUGAUGCUCAAGAAAUCCUGCAGACAAGAUUCCCAAUGCCACGUUAUAUAAACACAGAACAUGGAGGCAGUCAGGCACGGUUUCUUUUGUCUAAAGUGAAUCCUUCUCAGACUCAUAAUAAUCUCUAUGCAUGGGGACAAGAGUCUGGUGCCCCAAUUCUAACAGAUGAUGUUAGCCUACAAGUAUUCAUGGACCAUCUGAAGAAGCUUGCAGUUUCAAGCGCAUCAUAAUUUUUUUUUUACAUGAUAAGGAAACCACAAAAAUCAAUGAACUAAAAUCAUGCUACUGAAGAAUCAGUCUGCCAAAAACUAAUAACAUUCCUUCAUCUCUUCUGAUUCAAAAUUUUAGUUAUUCCUUGUAACAAAUGUGCUAGGGAAGUUUUGUAUUUUAGGUUUAACUUAUUGAUGUUCCUUCUGUGUGUGUUCUGCCAGUUCAGCUUUUUAUUCAUGUAAUUAUUCCAAUAUGAAUUACUUCACCUAUACUGUCCAAUGUAAUUAAUUUUUCUGCACUUCUACUUAAGUAAAAUAAAAAUUGAGGUGGGUGUUAGGCUAAUGAGUGAACUCCA